UCAAAUAACAACAUCUCUUUUAUUCCGGAUGGCCUUCUUCGAAAUUGCCCUAAGCUCAAGACAUUAGAGUUGGGUGACAACUACUUAACGGCCAUUCCAGACCCAAUCUCAAGUAACCUUUCGUCAAUACUGAUCUUAGCACUGGAAAACAAUCAAUUUACAGCCAUUCCUGAAAACAUUGGGGCAAUGAAGAACCUACUGCAAUUAGACAUGUCAAGAAACAAGAUUGACCAAAUUCCUGAGAGAUUGUUAGGCAAUCUCAAUAGACUCAAACUACUGUCAUUGCCACAAAAUAAUAUCAGUUCCAUAUCAAGUCAGACUUUCUCCAAUCUCACCGAUCUCCAGUAUUUAUUAUUGAAUGAUAAUCGCCUUACCCACAUUCCAAAUCGAGCCUUUAAAAGUUUACAGAAGCUUAAAGUCUUAAUGCUUUCAGAAAACAAAAUAGAGCUCAUUGGAUCUAAGGCUUUCGUUUUAAGCAAUUCAAGUAUGAGAAUAUAUCUGAUUCGCACAGCAAUGAAAGCAGUACAUCUAGAGUCAUUUGAGGGCAUCGAGGGCCUUUCCACCAAAAUAAGCAUGAAUGAGGGAGAGAUAGGGUCGCUGAAUUUCAACCAAGAGAAUGGUUCAGUGCAAUGCAGAGUGCAACUAGGCGUUGGACAAAGCGAUGAAGAGUAUAUAGAGUUCGAUGACAUAGACGAAGACAUGAAGGGUGUGUUACGGAGGGUUUUGGAGCAAUCCGGUUUUGCACAGUGGUCACAAGAUAGCUCCAAAUUUUUGCCUUGCCCUGCUGGAACAUUUGUUAAAUCUGCAGGUUCCACGAGUUGUUCAGAAUGUCCUCCAGGAGGCUUUUUUUCCGAUACCUUAGCAUACGUCAGCGACCAGUGUAAAAGAUGCCCGAACGGGACAUUUGUUUCACUCGAUAAAAAGCCAGGAAGGCGAGCAUUGGAUUGUGUCGCAUGCCCCCAAGGAACGGAUACAAACUCUUUUGCCGGAUUCCGUGCUUGUAAAUGUCUACAAGGAUUUUAUCGUACCCACCUGUUUAAGGGCUGUAAGGCUUGUCAAAAAGAAGGUUUCCUGUGUAUAGACGACUACGUCACACUCAAACCAGGAUUUUGGUGGAGGUGGUAUAAUGAUGUGUACAAAGGCAUGUACCAGAACUUUACUCUCAACCUGCGGUCUUCGAAGCCUUCCAUCGAAAAUAACGAAGUUGAGUAUAGUUUUGAUCUACCGUUAGCCUACGAAUGCCCAAGAAAGGAAUCUUGCCUCGGUGGUCUGGAUUCGACGUGCAAACAAGGCUACGAGGGCCCGCUUUGCGAGGUUUGCAGCCCUGGGUAUCACAAACGACUUCAGACUUGUAAGAAGUGUCCAUCAAAGUCUUGGAUGGGAGCACAGUUAGCCAUCACCAUCGCGUUGUUGCUGAUUCUAGUUGUGGUCAUCGUAUGGACAAGUGUAAAGAAGAACAGACAGAGCAACAACCAGCGUCCGCUGGUCGACAUCAUUUUGGCUAGGCUGAAGAUAAUCAUAGGAUUUUAUCAAGUUACAUUUGGACUACUGGAUGCUUUUUCAUUCAUUUCAUGGCCAGACUCCUUGUCUGUUAUUGCACGGUAUUCCGAAAUUCUUCAAUUUAAUGUCCUUCAAAUGGCGCCAAUGCACUGCCUUUUACCGCAACUUAAGAUAGACGCGUUUGGGAGUUUGUUUGCCAUUUUGGCCAUCAACAUUGGGGCCAUUGUAUUUGCGGUGGUAGCUUAUUGGGUGCGAAAGUUUAUGAUCCUCAGGAACGACCAGCUUGAAGAUGACGAUAAAUCCAAACAAGUUUCUCAGACUAAAGAACUUGUCUACAGAAAUUUGUUUUUCUUCUUAUUCGUGACCUACCUUAGCACUUGUUCUAAGACUGCAAAUGUUCUCCCACUCUCCUGCCGGGAGCUCUGUUUUACUGACAAAGGUUACGGCUGCUUUACUUAUCUCAAAUCUGAUUUCACAGUUGAGUGUCGCAGUCCAAGGUACAAGCGCUUGGUCAACGUUGCAUAUUUUGCCGUUGUAUACAUUUUACUUAUCCCUUUGGUUUCUUACCUAGUCCUUUGGAAGAAACACAAAAAAGUAAAGGUUACGGAAAACGAAUCAAGAGAACAACAAAGAUACAUCAGUGAACUUGCAGCCGGACUGAGAUUUCUUUCCGAGAAUUACACCGGCACCUCUUGGUAUUGGGAACUCGUCGAGAUGGUGCGUAAAGUCAUCUUAACAUCUGGAUUGAUCCUCAUAGGAGGAGAAAGCAGGGCUUAUGUUGGCCUGGCAUGUGUGAUUUCGGGACUGUAUGGUAUUUUAUUUGCCUAUGUAAGCCCAGUUGAAGACCCAUUUGAAAAUAAAAUGAUGAUUAUAACCCUUGCAGUUACGUUCGUAAACCUAGGCAUCGGCGCCGUCAGUAAGAUCCCCAAGGAGAAUGUUCCAGCUUCAAUUGAUCCAUAUGUUGACACUGUUACGUUCAAUUUGUUAGUGGUUGGAGCCAAUACGCUGGUGAUUGGUUUACUAGUCGUUCAGUACUCCGUCUACCUUUAUAAUUUUUUGAAAGAAUGGCGCAAAAAUCCCAAAUGGUCCAUGUCGUGUUGCUUGGCGAUGCUUCUUCCUCUUAACGAUUUACAAGGCGAACUCAGAGGGUUGGUGGGAAGGAACAUGAUGAGGCAGCAGCUUCAAAGUGGACGGAUCGGGAUGCCGUCCGUGACAGGAGCUGUCAAAGACAGUGGAGCUGUCGACUUCGCUCUUGAGGAAGGUGACGACGAAAGCCAAGAUAGUCGGCGUCAACAGGACAACAGGCAGAGUGCGAAUUCUUCUAGAAAUUCCGGAAGUAUUUCGAUGAACGAUCUUGGCAUUUCCGCUUUGGUGGUUCAUCCACCCCAAAACGGCAAUGAGGCUCCAUUGUAA